UACCCUUUGGGACCGCCUGCGAACGUUGGCGUGCUUAUUGUUCCUGAGAAGACUGCAUACGUGAUUGAGCGGUUCGGGCGAUAUCGUGGAACACUGGGCUCUGGACUGCACUUCCUCAUACCCUUGGUGGACCGCGUGGCGUACGUCCACUCGUUAAAGGAGCUGGCCAUCCCUAUUAGCCAGCAAACCGCAAUUACCAAGGACAAUGUAACCAUUACCAUUGAUGGGGUGCUGUACGUCAAGGUGGUUGACGCGUUCAAGGCCAGUUACGGGGUGGACAAUGCGCUGUACGCGGUGGGGCAGCUGGCGCAAACCACCAUGAGGAGUGAGCUCGGCAAGAUUACCCUGGAUAAGACGUUUGAGGAACGAGAGGCCCUCAAUCAUAACAUCGUCCGCUCGAUCAAUGAGGCGGCGGAGGCGUGGGGCCUGCAGUGCCUGAGGUACGAGAUCAAGGAUAUCAUGCCGCCACGUGGCAUUGUACAGGCCAUGGAGUUGCAGGCGGAGGCGGAACGCCGCAAGCGCGCCAACAUUUUGGAGAGUGAGGGUGUACGGCAGAGCAAAAUCAAUGUGGCCGAGGCCGAUAAGCAGCAGGCACGUAAAAUGCCAUGUCCAACAUGUGUAAUCCUCGCCUCCGAAGCCUCCCGGCAGCAGGCCAUCAACCUGGCCCAGGGAGAGGCGGAGGCGCUGCUCGCCACGGCCACCGCGACGGCACGAAGUCUGGAGGUGGUUUCGGAGGCCCUCAGUCGAGGGGGUGGGGCGGACGCAGCGGCGUUGCGGCUGGCGGAGAAGUACAUGGAGGCCUUCCGUCACCUGGCCAAGGAGAGCACCACACUGGUACUGCCCUCAGCAGCAUCGGAACCCUCGGCCAUGGUCGCCCAGGCUAUGGCCAUUUACAAAUCCCUGGCG